AUGUCUUCGAGCCAGCGACCUGAGCGAGUGGUACACCAGGACUACAUCGCGCGCAUCAGAUAUUCGAAUGCCUUACCACCUCCGCCGAAUCCUCCGAAGCUCCUUGAUAUACCAGGAACAGGUCUCGCAGCUGGCCAGUACACAAGCGCAGGAUAUGCCUCAAGACUCGUACGGGAACAGCCUCUCAACAUUGAAGCGGAUGCGGAGCUUGGCAUGCCAAUCGACCUGAUUGGUAUACCUGGCAUAUUUGAUGGCGAUGAGCGAGCUAUCUUGGCUAGACCCGAUGCGCAGAUACAUCCCGCGGACAAGGCACUACUGAAACCACUUUCUGCUCUGGGUAAAGCAAAUGCGAACCAAGGAGGAGUGUCCUUCCUACGGAGAACAGAGUACACUUCCUCGCAGAACCCACAACACUUUGCCUCAAACACCUCAAAGGAUAUCAUGCGCGUACGCAACGAUGCCAAGCGACGAAAGCUAGGCGCUACAGACAAGGAGGACCCCAUCAACAUUAUCCGCAAUAUUGUGAAAGGGUUCGAUAUCGCAUACCCAGCAGAUGCGUACAAGGGAGAUGAUAGCACGAACAAUAUUCGCGGUGCUGCAGUAACGGAUGCUGAGAUGAAGGCAUGGGCAAACCCGAAGCAUCCUACAAAGUCAGACGUUAAGCUUCUGGACAGCUAUCCCGUGCUACCCGAUCUAGAUGCACUACCAACCAACGGCGCAUAUCUGGUAGUCAAGUUCCAAUCAAAUCCAUUGUCCAGCGAAAGCUACGACCGGAGACUGGACACUGCCAUGCUUCGACCUGUGGACAAUCCCCAAGCGCAAGCAGAAUACAACAGGAAACUGGAGCAAUGGGACCCAAGCUCUUCAAGACCACAACCUCUGCCCGAAUUCGACUACGAGUACUACGUGGCGAACGAUGAAGGAGCACUACGUGGCAUCAAGCGCAAGUUUGAUGUCAAUGACCCGGACAACGAGGAUCCGGAUCUAUAUACCGAGGACCUUGAUGAAGGCAGGCGUGGCUUCACUUACGGUAGAGUACGGACUUACGAGACUUAUAACCAGCACGGAAACGGCACUAGCUUCUACAACGACUCUGUAGCUCUGGCACUGCACGAUCCGGAUAUGGAGGUCGGUGUUGUACCUGGAGUGACGAAGCGGCUGGCGAAGGCUGCGUACUACUAUCCUAUCGUGCAGCGGACUGCUCUACGGCCGAAGCGCAAGGUUGGCAGAAUGGGUGGUGUGCCUGACGAAGAGGAAGUAGUGACGCAGCUCAAUUUGACGGUCGGUGAGCUUGCGGAGGAUGACCAGGCGAGGCUGUUAGAGAAGCAGGCGGAGCUUGACCCGAGUCUGAAGCCUGCGGGAGCAUCUGUCGUUGAGGCCGCCGCUUAG